AUGGCUGAUGCAAGUAAACUGAUGACAUCUAGUGAAAGUGAUGAUUAUUAUGAGUCAAGGUAUUACCAAAAUGGUAGCUUACGAGGAGGAGUGAUUGAUGGCAGACUGAAUGAAUUGGCAGGAAAUCUAAAGGACACAACCCGGAAUUUGAAGACGCUUGAUCAUAUGUUGGAUACAUACAAAGAUGUGGGCCAGCAGCAAAGAUUGGCUGUUGAUAAGCUGAGGAAAGAUCUGGAUGAUACCUGUGAAGAAAUAAAAGAAGAAAAAUCGAGACAAGGAAAUUUGAGAUCAGGUCAGAACAGGUAUAGUCCAAGUCAUAGUCCAUACAGAAAGCGAAAGACAGCUGUUCGUUUUGCUGAUGACCUUGACAAAGAAGUGCACACUUUGCAUAAUUCGAUGCGAGAUUUGACUUACAAUCAACAGAGAUUGGAAGAUUCUUUGACAGAAGACCGGGAUUUUAGAGAUAAGAGUAUUGAAGAAACCAGAAGAGCUGUCAAAGAACUUACUAAUACUUUACGGCAGAAUCCUCAAACAGACAAAUCAGCUGUAAGAGUUGAGAAACGCCUGAAUGCUAUUCAAAAUGAACUUCGAGCUGAACGUCAAAUACUUCAAGAGAAACACAGUAAAGAAGACUUAGAUAACAUUUCUACAGAGUUAAAACAGGCACUUCAGCAACACCAAAACUUCUUUUCCAAGUUGUCGGUAUCUCCCCCUGCACCACCACCACCAACACCAAUACCAAUACCAAAUGUUGCUGUUCCCCAAAUAGCACAAGUUUCAAAUAUUUCCGAGGAAAGCAAAUAUAAAACCCAGUUUCUCCAAUCUGAAGUUCAGAAACAUAAGCUUGAAGCUGAAGUGGAAACUCUCCGACGACGCCUUGACCAGAGUGAAGGAAGCAAGAGCACAUUGCAACAAGUUGUGGAUGACUUACAGAAUCAAAUGAAGAAAAUUGAUUUGGAAAGAAUACAGACCAAAGCCCGACUACAAGAACAAAAGUCAGAGGAUGAGAACAAAGAAAAAAGACAACUGCAGAUUUUGGAAGCAGAAAGAGAUAAAGAGAAACAAAGACUGGACACUGAAUUACGGGAAUUACGUCAACACUUGACACGUACUGUAGAUGUGGUCAGUGAGAUGGAGAACGUCCGUCGUAGUGUCCAUAAAAGUGAGCAGCAAAGAAUCCAGCUGUCUGACCACAUUGAGGUACUCACAAAAGACCUGGAAAAUCAGGAAAGACAAAAUGGAAAGCUUCUUAGCCAGCUACAUGAGAUAUUAGCUAAAUAUGAGACUGCUGAACAGGGGCGUAAAAUAUCAGAGGCUCAGGCAGAGGAUCUGACAUUACGCUUACAGCAAAAUGUGGGCCAGUUGGAUGCCACUUCAAAAGAACUCCAUGAAACCAAACAAACUCUUGAAGACAGUAUCCGCAAACGAGACAUUCUGCGAGGAAAAGCACAAGAAGCAAUUAAGCAGUUGAAAUUGAAAGUGAAGCAUUUUGAAAAAGAAUUGGAUUGCACGAAGCACAGUAAUCAGCAAAUCCUGCAAAGAAAUGAAGACUUGGUUAAAGAACUGGAAGCAUCUCGCAUCCAAAAUAAUGGAAUGACCACUCAAUGGGACAGUCUUAAGAGAGAACUUGCUGAUGCAUUGGCAAUCAGAGCUGCCCAAGAUGAACAACUGCGACUGAAAGACAUUGAGAUCAAUGAACUGAAAUCCUUACGUAUGGACUUGGAAAAAGAUAUGCGGACCUCAAACACCUUAAUGGAAAAAACUGAAAACGAACUUCAACAAAGCCACCUUCGUACAUCAACUCUUGAAAGUGAAAAAGUUCAAUUAGAAGAAAAAUUAUCCACUCUUAAUGGUGCACAUCAACUGGCACAAGACCAUGCACAACAACUCAAGUAUGAAAUCCAAGAAUUGAGUCAAGCAAAAGCUGACCUUUCUGCACAACUAACUGACAUCAUUAACCAACGACAGGAUCUUCGUCAAGCAAACGUUGACUUAGAAUUGAAGGAAUCACAACUGAAACAACAAUGUGAAGCUUUGCAAACACAACUGAAGGAGAACAAGGAAACCUAUUUCUCCACAAUUGAAACACUGAAGUGUGAAUUAAAUGAAACCAGAGUUCGUGAAGCCCAUGAAGUCCAAGAUUUAACAGAACAACUCAAACAGCAAGAAACAGAAUACAAAUCAGCUUUGCAUUCACUCAAGCUUGAAUUGGCUGAGGAACGGUCAAUGCUGAAAUUGGCCAGAAACCAGGAUGAAAAGCAAAGAUCAGAAUUAGAUCGUAUUCAUCACGAUGUCACUCGAUUAGAAGAGGAGAAUGCCAAGCUGAUCAGAAAGUUGGAAAAAGCCUAUGAAGAUAUUGAUUUUAAGGAUCCUCAAAUGAUAGAAGAAGGAAGCAGACUGAAAGAUUUGGAGGAAAAGUUGUAUGAUGCUUACAGCAGAAUGAAAAGACUACAACACAAUCAAAUGAUUUGUCUGAACAAUAUUUGCAAAGAAGUGGAAAGUGUGGUAAACAUAUUAAAUUUGCAAAAUGGAACAAGCUUGAAUAAAAACAAGCUUGCUUCUUCAUCUUUGAUUGCUGAAACCCUGGAAGAUCCAGAUCUUCUUACUGCAGAAAUAAAGAAUAAUCUACGUUGGCUUCAGUGUGAACUCAAAUUAUUGUGUCGGACACAAAAAAGAGAACCGCUCAAAGAUGUUUCUGUGAAUCCUGAAGAAUUCAACUUGGGUAGCAGAAAGGACAACACAAGUGUGGCACAUUCUUUGGCCUUUGCACCAGUGGGCAAUCUCCCAAAAGGUAAACAAGAAGCAAUGCUGCAGAACAAAAUUGGAUUAUCAGAGCAACAACAGCUACAGGGGGUCAUCCAACUUCCACAGAAAGAAGCAUCUUCACCUUUGACCCAUAAAAGCUUCACAAAUCAAGAGAGUAGGCAACACAUUAUUGAUGAAAUGGAAGACUUUCGGGAUAAUGAAAGAGGUCGCAUUCAAGAACGUUAUAUCAGGUUGCAAGAAACAAUGAAGUCAUUGCAGCAAGAACUUGAACUCUCUUCCCUUCCAACACUCAAGGUUGAGCCAACAACUGAGAAUCAUGAAGUAAAUGUUGGAGAGAAUUGCCAAUGCUGCAUCACCUUUGAAUCACCUCCUCCUCCUAAUAAGAGUCUUUUACUCUCCCCUCUCAGUUUGUCAGAUGAGGAUUUCAAGAGAAAAUUUCUAUCAGAGCAAACAAGCCCUUGUUAA